AGCCGGUGGGCGGUGCAGACCCCUGAAGAUGCUGACAGCCUGCGGAUGCUGACCGAAAGGAUGCGAUAGGUCGGACAUGGUGAUGAUAUGCGAUAUUUUGUAUUUUUUUGUUCAGGAGACACGAGCCGUUACAGUGCGUCAGAUAACCUGUACUUGAAGACGAGGCCUUCUUUUGUCUGCAAAACCUCAACAACGAAUGAAAGAGACACAACAAUAGUGUAUUUUCUUCUCAGGAAAACCAACCGGGUUUGCCUCCCCGGGCGUUCAGUUUGCGGUGCAGAGUGCUGGGAUGUUGUCUGUUUGAGGACACUUCUGUCAACAGAUCCUGUGAAGGCUUUGAAUCAUCAUUCAGUUGGCCAGUCGGUGGGACAAUAGAGACAAAGCAGCAUCUGUUGAGGCAGGACUAUGCGCAGACACACUGCGACCUGCUCAAGAUCUGCUUAUGACAGUUUAUGGGCUUACUGCCACAGAGAAAGAGAGAGAGAGGUGAUGCAAUUUGGUGAAAGCUGUCACUAUUGAUUUACAGCUGAGGCCUGUGUUGACGCAUCUGUAGCAGUGUUUACCAGGCGGACAGCUGACUGUAAAUCACUGACUUGGAUACGAGCGUUGUAAACAAACACACAUCUCAUCAUCCACUCUGAUACCGACGCCUUUCUGCCGGUAGAUGCUCUUUUCUCUGACCCUCUUCCUGUGGAGGCUCUACCGACAUUUCUCCAUCAUGUUCAGCUCGGACAGACUCACGGUGCCCGAUUAUGUCAGCCGGUUGCAGAGAGGGAGGAGCGGCUCCGGUCCCGACCCCAGACCGGUCUCUCCGGGCAUCAGCGCCGACGUCCAGUCGGUUUUGGACACCUCGCUCCCCGCCCUGCGCUGCGCCAUCAGGAGGCUGAAGUCAGGGAAGGACAACUCUCAUCCAGGUGACACCCGCAGGGCCAUCGCGGAGAUCUUCCAGCUGGUGGAGGAGGCCUGGGUCUUGCCCACCGUAGGCCGUCAGGUGGCCGAGGAGAUCUGCACCAGGAUCCGGCUGGAUGGAGGCCUGGAGCUGCUGCUACAGCUUCAACAGAUACCUGCUGUGGAGAUCACCUAUGAGUCUGCAAAACUGCUGGAGCAGAUCCUGAUCUCAGAUAACAGAGAUUAUUUAGCACGUAUGGGUCUGGGGGUCAUUCUCAACCUGACUCGACAGCAGGAAGAUGCACAGCUGGCUCGCAGUGUCUCGGGGAUCCUGGAGCACAUGUUCAAACACACUGAGGAGACAUCCAUCCACCUCAUCUCUAACGGAGCCCUGGAUGCCCUCCUCUUCUGGUGCCGAGGUACAGAUCCCACCGUGCUGCGCCACUGUGCUGUGGCUCUAGCAAACUGUGCCAUGUACGGCGGCCACCACUGCCAGAGAUUGAUGAUCGAGAAACAGGCGGCUGAGUGGCUUUUCCCACUGGCUUUUUCCAAAGAGGAUGAACUCAUUCGAUUCCACGCAUGUCUGGCUGUGACUGUGUUAGCUGCAAACAGAGAAAUUGAGAAGGAGGUGGUGAAAUCUGGAACCUUGGAGCUGGUGGAGCCAUUCAUCGCGUCUUUGGAUCCGGAUGACUUUGCCCGCAGUUUAUUGGACAGUGCAGACUGCAUGCAAGGCAGGACGGCAUCUGAUCUGCAGCAUCUUCUGCCAUUACUUGAUGGGACGAGGUUGGAGGGAAAGUGCAUUGCAGCCUUUUACCUUUGCGUUGAGACCAGCAUCAAGUCUCGUCAGCGAAACACCAAGAUAUUUCAAGAGAUCGGAGCAGUGCAGAGCCUAAAAAGAAUCGUCAUGUAUUCAAGUAAUAGCACAGCCUCUGGCCUCGCCAAGCGGGCACUGAGCAUGAUGGGAGAAGAAGUGCCGAAACGUAUCCCGUCAUGUGUGCCCAACUGGAAAACCUGUGGAGUGCAGACCUGGCUGCAGCAGAUUGGCUUUAGUGCCUAUUGUGAGCGUUUCCAGGAGCUCCAGGUGGAUGGAGACCUCCUGCUGAACAUCACAGACCAGGAUCUGUUCACUGAUCUGGGCAUGACUGCAGGCCUCACUCGCAAGAGGUUUUUGAGAGACUUGCGCGUGUUGAAGACUUAUGCCAACUACUCUACAUGUGAUCCAACCAAUAUGGCCGACUGGUUAGUGGAGGUGGACCCUCGUUUCCGUCAGUACACCCACGGCCUGGUCCAGUCAGGGGUGGAUCGCAACAACGUCCAGGACCUGACCGAUCUGCAGCUCCAGCACGACUGCCACAUAGACAACGGAGUCCACAGAGCCAAGAUGCUUUCUUGUUGCCGCAAGCCCUUAAAAGCGUGCCUCACAGACGCCCAGCCUGCAGGGCCCGACGUGUUCAUCAGCUACCGUCGGACUACCGGCUCACAGCUGGCCAGCCUUUUAAAGGUGCACCUGCAGGUUCGAGGAUACAGCGUGUUCAUAGAUGUGGAGAAGCUUGAAGCUGGUAAAUUCGAGGACAAACUGAUUCAGAGUGUACAGAGGGCACGUAACUUCAUCCUGGUCCUGUCCUCAAAUGCACUCGACAAAUGCAUGGGUGACACUGCCAUGAAGGAUUGGGUUCAUAAGGAGAUUGUCACAGCCUUGGCUGGCAAGAAGAACAUAGUUCCUGUCACAGAUAAUUUCACAUGGCCCGACCCCAUGUGUCUGCCGGAGGACAUGAGAGCAAUUCUCAAAUUUAAUGGUAUCAAAUGGUCCCAUGAGUAUCAGGAGGCCACGAUCGAGAAGAUCCUACGCUUUCUGAAUGGACACCAAGACCAAAUGGACAGCCCAGGCGCCUCCAAAGAGGAGAAAAAGAAAGAAUGAGAUAAUAAAUGACAUAUACGGAGUUUGAUCUCAGCUAUAAUAAUUUUCAAUGAUGCCAAAUUCCCCAUGGCCGACGGUGAACUGGCCGGCAGCUUCCCCUGCUCUGCCCAAACGCAUGUGAAGUGAAUUUGAUUAUGAUUAGUUUACAUGCUCACACAAAUAGCUAAUAUAAAUAGACCCAAUAUAUUGCAAACAAUAAUGGAAAUUAAAAAAGGGAUUUCAGAUUGUAUAUAAUAAACUGUAAGCCUUUAAAUGAUGGUACCCGCACACUUCUCUAUAUGUGUAAUCAGGUACAAUAUACGCCUUCUGUCUCUCAGGAAAAUAACUGUGAUAGAUCAGCCAACACUGGGACCCAGCAAAAUCAUCAACAGCAUUUUCUGAAGCAUCCACUAACACGUCAGAUUUCAUAGAAGUUGUAUGCAAUCAUCUUUUGUUCGUAUAUUGUACAUUUCACAGGACCAAAGCAGGUUUCUGAUUUUACUGACGUUUGUGUUGUUAUGUUAUGUGAUAGAUAAGAAACUGUUCCUAGCAGAUGCAUUGAUUGUGGGCAUAAUCUAUGCCCCAAUCUAUGAGACUUACUGUACAGAGAAAAAAGAGCUACAAGCUGCACCACUGAUUUAGCCACAGAUUUAAGGACAAAUACCCAUGUAGUAUUAAACAUUUUUUCUGUGAAAGUGGAUAUAACUUUGAAUUGAUGUACAUUAACUUACAGUACUCAAAAAUGCAGUUAACUCCUUACAGCGUGUCUCGUUGCCCGCUGUUACAACGUAACAUAAUAUACUUUAAUGCUGUUGACUUGAGGUGUCAUUCGCCACACUGUUAACUGUGAUUAUUAAAUAUCAAGUAUUUAAUUGUUGGCUUUGCAACAGAAAUGUCAUCCUUGUUCCCUCAGCGUAUUUAAUAGAAGUAAAAACAAAAAGAAAUUAGCAAUAUGAUAUAAAAAAAACGUUGAUGAUGCUGAAAUAAAGGCGUGAUGAAACAUUUAAGUUUUGCAAAUCAUCAAGAUGUCUUUCCACAUAUUGUUCAAUAAAAUUAUAUUAUUAUAGGCUGAAUGCAACUGCAGGGCUUUUAUCUGACC